CCGCAACGGGAACUUAUAUUGGAUUUGGUUCAGUCCCCUUCUUUCCCUCCAAAACCCAUAACGAUUCAUGUAUGAUAUUCGCUCCUUUUGAUUCAAAAGUUUAAAUCUCUAUCUAUCUAUCUCCCUCCUCUCUCGGCAAUAAUUUACCGCCAAAAAAUGAGGAUCUCCGAGAUCUCCACGCCGGACCUCCGGCAAUCUAACCAACAACCCCAAUCCCAUCACCAUCACUUCCUCUCUCUAAUCGACUCUCUAAUCAAGCAAACUGAAAACUUCUCUCUUGCCAAUCCUUUACCGGAAACAAUCCCUUCCGACCUCCGCCAAAUCCUCACUCAGCUCACUCAACUCGUCCCUUUCCCUAACUCCGUCAACCUCCAAAUAUGGAAGCUCAGCUACCGCCUCUGGAAUGCCUGCGUCGACAUCUCCAAUGCAGCUUCUAUCCGUCCCUCAUCCUCAACAUCAAUCACCGAAAGCAACGCCAUUCUAAGACACGUCGCCGCCGAUAUGCUCUUUCUAGCUGGCGACGUUGUCGGUGUACCAUCUCCGGCCAUCAAGUCUGCUUCCUUCUACCAUAAGACUGGCCUCGUCUGGUAUGAUCUAAGAAAGUUCGAUCUCGCUUCCACUUGCUUUGAAAGAGCCACAGAUAUCGUUUCAAAAAUCGAUAUAACAAGAAUAUCUGAUUGGGGAGAGAGAAAAUUACUGCUGGAUCUGAAUCUCGCGAGAUCUCGGACUGCCUGGGAAGUAUCAGAUAGGAACCUAGCGAUGACUCUACUAAAUCGGGCGAAAAGUAUGCUUUUCGGAUCAUCCGAUCACUACAAAAUGCUAGCCAUUCAAUAUUUAGUAUUUGGCAAGAGCUUAUUAUCGAAGAAUGAUGCCAAUGCUUUCAACCAAGCGUUGAAGCUCUUGAACGAAGCUCUAGAUCUAUGCCAGAAAGGAUGCAGCGCAUCGAGAACACGAGAACAAACGUUGGAGCUCAAGGAAUUGAGAUCCAAAGCACUCCGGUUCAUAUCGGCCGUACAUUUGCAAAAAGGAGAAUACGAGAGUGUGAUUAAAUGCGUUAGGGUUUUGAGAGAAGGCAGUGGUGGUGGUGGUGGUGGUGACAGUGCGGACCACCACGCUAGUCUCCCUGUUUUGGCGAUGAAGGCCUGGUUGGGUUUAGGGAGGCAUGAAGAGGCGGAGAAGGAGCUGAGGGGCAUGGUUGUGAGUAAGGGAAUUCCUGAGGGCGUUUGGGUUUCGGCAGUGGAAGCAUUCUUUGAGGCAGCGGGUACAGCAGGAGCGGAGACCACCAAGGGAUUGUUUCUAGGACUCUUGGGAAGAUGCCACGUAAGCGCCAGCGCAGCAGUUAGGGUGGCUUACAGGUUAAUUGGGGAUUGCGUUGGCGGUGGGGAAGGUUCCAGAGUAAGGGCCAAAGUGGUGUCAGAGCUGGUGUCUGAUGAGAGAGUGGUAGCGCUUUUUGCUGGCGAGGCGGCUGCCAAAGAGAGGAAAGCAAUGCACGCUGUUCUUUGGAAUUGUGCUUCAGAUCAUUUUAGAUCAAAAGAUUACAUGACAAGUGCAGAGUUGUUUGAAAAGUCACUGCUUUAUAUUCCAUAUGACAUAGAGAACAGAAUUCUCCGAGCCAAGGGCUUCAGAGUUUUGUGUCUCUGCUACCUUGCUCGCAAUCAGCUUGAUAGGGCCCAAGAAUACAUCAAUGAGGCUGAAACGCUUGAACCCAACACUGCCAGUGCUUUUCUUAAGUUCAAGAUCUAUUUGCAGAAAAACAACCACAGCGGGGCUAUCAAUCAGAUCCAAGAAAUGAAAGCUUGCCUGGAUUUCACACCAGACUUUCUUUCCCUCUCAGCCCAUGAAGCUAUUGCUUGCCAUGCUCCUUCCAUUGCUGUUGCCUCUUUAUCCAGUCUCCUGAAUUUCUAUACCUCAGGAAAGCCCAUGCCAUCCACAGAAGUUGAAGUGUUACGAACUUUAGUCACAAUCCUCAAUACGGACCCUGGCAAUGAAUCAGAAGUCCUCAAGUUCAUGAAAUGGGCUCAUGCCAGAGUAUCUGAGCUUGGGAGUGAAAGCUUUUUGGGAAAAGGUGAAGUUGGCAGACAAGAACAAAAGUGGUUUGCAGUGACUUCAUGGAAUUUUGGGAUAAAAUGUGGGAAGGAGAAGAACUAUGAAUUAUGUGCAGAAUUUUUAAGAUUGAUAUCAGAAUUCUAUGCUGGUCUUAAGGAUGAGCAAGAUAAAGAAAACGGAUUUAUGGUUUGUAAAUCAUUGAUAUUGACUGUAUCUGCCAUCAUAGCUUCGGAGAAUCAAAAGAAGGUUGCAUUGGAGGACUCCGAAGUGAAACACGCUGCUGAACUGCUAGAUAAAGCAGGGAAGAUGCUAACGUCAAUCUCAAUGGAAGCUCAAUUUAAUGAUGAUAGAAUUACUGCAAUUGAGCCGGAGUUUUUCUUCAUUCACACUUUCUGUGCCUAUGAUAUAUGUGGACGAAUCGAUAAUUUAGGGUCCCAACAACAACUCCACAUUGUAAAGAGUUUUGCCAGCUCAAAGGCCUGCAAUCCAAAGUACCUUCUCCAAAUUGGUCUCAAUGCCUCUCGAGGUCCACGAUCUAACCCUGAGGUAGCAACCUUUGCUCUAAAUGAGUGCCUUUCAGCCCUUCUUUCAUCACCGUCACCGGACUAUCAAGAUGUUGCUCUUAUAGUUCGAACACUGAUUGUUGUAGCAAGCAUUCACAAAGGUGAUUCAGAUGAUGAUGCUGUGCAUGUCAUGUACAAGCAAGCAUACCGCAUAAUGGUUGGAUUGAAAGAUGGUGAGUAUCCCAUAGAGGAAGGAAAAUGGCUUGCAAUGACCGCAUGGAAUCGAGCAGCGGUGCCCGUGAGGCUGGGGUUGGUUGAUGCAGCAAAGAAAUGGAUGAACAUUGGCUUGGAGCUUACAAGAAAGGUUUUAGGAAUGGAGACUUACAGGGCGUGCAUGGAGGAUUUUGUUGCUGAUUUUGAAAAGAGAUUUCAAUUGCAGAAUAAUGGUUAAAGCAUUUGCCUAA